CUAUAUUUUUCAAGAAGAUGAAGGCGAAUAUCGUGCUCUUCCCGAUCGAUUUAGUGGUCUUUUGUAUGAUAAAUCGUGUUUGUUGCUAAUUGCUAUUUGCGGCGAUUACAGGGUCCAUUCUCACUGGUGGAUGGCUACGGACACAUUCUCACCUCUGUCAACCCCCAACAGCCGGGCUUUCUAUUCAACAACGACAACAGGAAUAAACCUCAAAACAUCCCAGCAUUGAAGCAGAAAUCAUAGCCAUCAUGCUCAAUCGCCUCGCAAAUGCCCGUGAUGGCCGCUCAAACGACGGUUCCAACAGUGGCCGACGAGGAAAGAAAAGCAGCGGAGGCCCUCUCACUAUGAUAGUCAAGGGCGUCGCAGCCGGAAUCGGUCUGGCAUCGGAGUCUUACCAGCACCGUAAAGAAAAGAAAAGAGCUGCAGCCGAGGCCGAAGAGAAUGCAUCAUCAAGCGAGACCGCAGGAUCCGAGAGUAGAGCUGCUGCUCCAGGUGACGCAUCCGCACAUUCCGCUGGCGCGCAAAAUCAACAAACUUCCGAGAAUAUCCCCGCAUACACAGAAGCAGAGGGCAGCGGGGCCUCAAGUAAAAUCACGAAAGAGGAUGAAGCAGGGCAAGAUCUUGAUGAAGUUGCCUGGCUUCUUGACGACGCACAAGAUGAGCUGGCACCACCCCCAGAGUACUCGGCCGUGGUAGAGAACCCACCUGUCGUGGUUGAGAAGAAUGCUGCUCCUGUAGCCCCUAUUGCAGGAAGCACAGAAGCCCCCGCACAAGAGGAGGUCAACGAGGCUACGGGAAGCUCUGACGACGAUGCUCAAGCUUCCAAAAACGAAAAGGCUGCCAAGGCCGGAGCUGUGGCAUUUAUGGCGCGGCAUCCACUUCCUGUCAGAGAUGGCAACUAUGAACCGCUACCCAUGCCCGUCAUCCUCCCGCAGCGUCGUCCUGGUGAGCGCUCGCGAGGUUUCAUUCGUGCAUACGCGCCCCUUCUUGAACAGGUUGGCAUUGACGAAGCUACGUUCAUGGACUUUGUCACAGAGCUAAACAAGGCAGUGAUGCCAUCACCCUGGAUCAAUGCCAUCAACGUCGCCACGCUUGCUGUCCAGCAUGUUCCAGAGCCCGUCACCAUCGCCGUGGCCAUUGCUUCGCAGAUUGCGACCCAAGUCUCAAUGACUGCCCACAGCCGCUCCAAAACAAACGCCUUUCUCAAUCACCUCAAUGCCGAGUACUUUGCGCCUCUGGGGCUAGUCGCUGUCGUGCUUACCUGGAAGCCCAGCGACGACGAGGGCUCUGUCGUGACCCAUGCCGAAUUCAACGAAACGCUGCAGCGCGCAGCUGGCCAGAAAGAGCAGGCCAAGACAGGCAAGACUAGUAAGUGGAAGAGCUUGAUGCAGUCGUCGCACGGCAGCGUCGGGUUUGAAUGGCCAGAGUCAGCGCCACUUGUGUUUCCACAGCUCGACAAGCUGGCCGAGUCCAAGGAGUCUGUAGAUGCCGCAAAUGAGGCAGCCAAGAAGCCCAACGGAUUCAUGAGAAGCAUGGCCUUUGCCAGCGAGUACAUGGACAAGCGUAGCCAAGCCAAGUGGGCGGCUGAGCACCCGGAGAGCGGCCUCUCCAACCUCGGCGCCAAGCCUGAAUUUCGCUCCCGAUACGCCGACCCAAAUCACCCUGCGUCCAGCGGUAAUCUUUUGGCGCUUUUAACAGGCGGCGCUGUUGGUGGAGGUGGAGGCUUGCUUGGGUUAGGGUCUCCUGGAAGCUCGGCGGUGCAGGAGGAACAUAAUAGGUCGAGACGCGUCAUGGCACGGGACACUCGCAGGGGAGGCCUUCUGGGUACCGGCGUGGGACCGGCAACACUUAUUCAAGGUGUCAAGAAGCUAAUGACGGAGGGUGUGUUGUAUUUGAUGAUUGCGAAUAUGCCUACGCCAGAGCAAAUGGCAGCUGCGCAACAGAUUCUGAACCAGGCUGCUGCUUGAAGUUGCCAGUAUGCUAUCUUGGGAUGCAACGAUUUUAUAAAAUUUUCCAACAACCCAAUGCACGCUGCAGUGUUGGUAUUUAGGUUGAAUAAAACCACAAUUGUUUGCAGAGAGACCAUAAUAACAUCAGUCGUAGGCUCUUAGUAGACCUCUUAUUCAGCCCAAUACACUGAGCCGCACUGCAGCUGUUUAGGCGGUUAAAAGUAGGAGAUGGUGCAUUCUUAUAAGUUUUAGGAAUUACAUAUUUAUUUCGAAUUAAAUAAAUACUCUAUGCUAUUCCA